CGCAGACACCAAAGUUGCGGUGGUGUCGGACGGACGUCGUCGUCGGCAACUACCCCCGUUUAGCACUCUCUCUCGCAGUCACGUGAGAACGAACGGAAGGCGGACACAUUUAUCCCGUGCGAAUAAAAGUUUUGUCCCCCGGAAGAAACGCGCGACUGCAAGUUCUCCGUCUUCUGGCAGCCCGCGAAAAUAUUGUGCACUCUCUCUCAUCUCAUCUACAGAAUCCGCAGAUUUGCGCCGGUAGUUACACACAGCAACAGAUUCAAAUAAGCAUCAUGAAGUCUAGAACGAGUCCGAUCAUUAUGAGAAUCUUUAUGUUCUACUUGUUGAGCGUCAUCGGACAAUCAACGGCAGUAAUAGAAGAAGCUCCGUCUUCAUCUUUACACAUUCCGCGAUUGAACCCGUUAUUGAACAACUUGGAAUAUGAAGAACCCGCUGAAAAAAGGGCGUACGCUUACGUUUCCGAAUACAAAAGGCUACCUGUGUAUAACUUUGGCAUCGGGAAAAGAUGGAUUGACAAUAAUGAAGAUAAAAGAACGCGGCAAUUCUCAUUCGGCAUCGGCAAGCGUCUCAGAGAUUACAGGUUUGGUAUAGGAAAACGCAAUAACGGCUACAAUCUUCUGGAUUUGGAUUAUUUUUCGGCCGACAAUAUGGACGGCUAUCAUUCUCGUGAGGACAAUUCGGACGAUUUUAUGGAGAACAAGCGCGGUAAUCACCCCUUCGGCUUCGGUAUCGGAAAACGAGUCUGGAAGCUACUGCCGGGAGAAUCGGCCACAUCUGGAAGAAGACCAAAUGACUCCGCUGAUUCGAAAUACUUACUCGGUUUGGGCAAAGAAUUGGACGGGGAUCUGGCGCAGUAGAACGUUCUCAUCAAGGAGCGCGGACUGUUUUCUCUUCCGCGUUCGAGCUUUAAUCUUUGGACGAUCGCAAAAAAAAUAUAUAAUUUAUUCGUUUCCGAAAAUAUAUUGGGUAUUAAAAAAAUAUUAAAUUUUCACUAAUUUCUUUAUCACAUCUUGAUGUUAGGUUUUAAUAAUAACAUAAGUCUAUAUAUUAUAAUUGUAUCAGUAUUCUACGUUGUACAGAAAUAAAUUAAUAUAAUUAACGCAUUUGUAUAAUAAGAUUUAUCGAUAAUCUUUCCAAUAAACUCGGGAUUAUCGAAGGAUUAAAUUCAUAGAAAUCAUGACGCAGCUUUCUACGCAAACAUUGUACCAUAUCCGGACCUAAGAGCAAAAGAUCGUCUGUGGAAGUUAAGAGCGAUAAUAAAAUUCCGAGAUUUCUCUUUCCAAAAAUUUACUGUAAAAUUUGCACGUUAUCGACAGUCCACGCUCCACCUGUCAAUGUUUAAAAAGAAUCGAUGGAGGUACUUUAACGGAGAGGUAUCCGAUGUAGUCGUAGAAAAAUUCCUCUAGAUUUUCUUUAUGCGAGAUUGUAUGAUUUUAUUGCUCCACCUCGCUUUCUCAAUUCUGUAAUUAAUAAUCAAAAGAUUUAUUAUGUGUUUACAAGAACGAAUAAAAAAAGAACGAAAAAAAGGCAUUUAUUAUAUGAGUCUAUUUCUAUU